UCCGGACACACCAUGGGCGCUCAGCUGUGCGGCGGCCAGGACGCCCCCGAGCCGGAGCAGCCGCAGCCCCAGACGCCCGAAGGGAAAGGGCCGCCUCGGCCCGAACCGGAGCCCGGCGCCUGGGGGCCGCUGGACGACGUGCGCUUUCUGAUCGCCUGCACCCCCUGGUACUGACCCGGAGAGGCCCCGCGGCCCUGGUCUUUCACACCGGCGCCCGGAGAUGGGCCGGAUCCGGCAGGGUUGCGAGGACUGGAAGUCCGGCGGAGCUGCCCAGUGGCACCGGCUCCCCCAACCCCGAACUUGUUCCCGCCCCCGCCAGCACCCAAGCCCAGCUCCGACUUCGAGCCCUCCAGCGCUGCGUGCCCUGGGGCGAUCUCCCUUAGCCAGAAGCACAUGCCAGCCGCCUGCUGAGCCGCGUGGCUGUUGAACUUGGCUCCUGCCCGACCCUCAGGGUCAUGGCUCCCUGUGCCCUGACUCCGAAGAAGUCUGCCACAGUGACCCUCCCAGUGCUCCUAAGGUGGUUGCUGCUUCCCAAGGCUUUGGAGAAGACAAGCAUCUGAUUGCUGGCUGGAAUGAUGAUGCAUGAGAAAACUCCAGUGCACCCCUUCAUGAAGCUUCUUAAGGUCACGGAACCCCAUCUUCAUUCCCACACCCCAGGAAAAUGACACACACUGUGUUUCUGUUUUAUUUAGAAAUGAUUUAAAAAACAUUAUACAAAGGCUGAUCAGUUUAAAAUGUGACCGACACUGAAAUGCAGUGAUUGUCCCCCAGGCUGAGGGGAGGCUGAGCUCUGGGGCCCCCAGGGUUUUGCCCCUCUGUCUGACUGCCCUGACCUGGGGGCGGGGGUGAUGGACAAACAGAUGACCACAGGCAGGAGAAUCCAAGAUCGGAAGCCUCUAGGCUGAGCCCUCUCCGGGCCCGGCCCUGCAUCCCUCACGUCUGCAGCCUGGGCUGCCUGCCUCCAUCUCCUGCUCUUUCUCAGCUGGCCUUGGAGUCCCAGGAGCCAACAGGGAGCCUAGAGCUUUCAAGAAGUGAGAGCACCAACCUGAGGAGAGGGACCAGGAAGUGGGGGAGGGAGGCCAGGAAGAGAGGAACAAAAAGAGACACUUAUCUCAGACCCUAGAGAGGCCCACAGAUGGGGACCCAGCAAGACCCAGCCAGGCCACACGAUGGCGGGAGCGUGUUAAGAAAACCUCUCUGGGCUCUGUCUGAGGGCACAGCACAAUGGGCGUCACCCUUGGUCUCCCAGGGCCUACUGCAGGUUUCGUGUGAGUGGACAGGUGUGAGCUAAUAAAGUGCUUUGCAAAGUAUAAAA